GACAAAAGAAAUAGAAUUUGGGAUCGGAAAAAGUCUUUUCCAAUUCUUCGUCCCGAACGACCCCCGAGUCGUUAUAAUUCCUUGGGCCUUUGUUGAAGGCGAAGAAAAAAAGUAGGCUUGCUGCUACACUAGAAGCCCUUUUUCAGCAUACCAGUAACUCAGCCGCCUCUCCUCUUCUUCGCUGCGGUCGGCUCCGUUUUUGUUAUUUAUAAUUCUCAGCAAUGGAGGAGUCACCAACACCAACCGUGAAGCGUAAGGAAACAGAAAUUGGAGAUACCCCACAACAAGAAUCUGCUCAAAAGCGAAGAAAUUUAACAAGAACUUGUGUUCAUGAGGUUGCUGUACCUAUUGGGUACGUUUCAACUAAAGAGGAAAGCAUCCAUGGUACUCUGUCUAAUCCUGAAUUUAAUGGAGAUAAUGCAAAGACUUACCCUUUUGAACUCGACCCGUUUCAGAAAGUAUCAGUAGCAUGCUUAGAAAGAAAUGAGUCUGUUCUUGUUUCUGCUCAUACAUCUGCUGGUAAAACUGCAGUUGCGGAGUAUGCAAUUGCUAUGGCUUUUAGAGAUAAGCAAAGAGUUAUUUAUACAUCUCCUUUGAAAGCUUUGAGUAAUCAAAAGUACAGAGAGUUACAUCAGGAAUUUCAAGAUGUUGGUUUAAUGACUGGUGAUGUUACUCUCUCUCCUAAUGCUAGUUGUUUAGUUAUGACGACUGAGAUUCUUAGAGGUAUGCUUUAUAGAGGAUCAGAGAUCUUGAAAGAAGUUGCUUGGGUAAUUUUUGAUGAAAUUCAUUAUAUGAAGGAUCGUGAACGUGGGGUUGUUUGGGAAGAGAGUAUUAUAUUUUUGCCACCUGAAAUUAAGAUGGUUUUUCUUUCUGCAACUAUGUCAAAUGCUACUGAAUUUGCUGAGUGGAUUUGUCAUUUGCAUAAGCAGCCUUGUCAUGUUGUUUACACUGAUUUUCGACCGACACCUUUGCAGCAUUACGUUUUUCCUAUGGGCGGUGUUGGGUUGUAUCUUGUGGUUGAUGAGAAUGAGCAGUUCAGGGAAGACAAUUUUGUGAAACUUCAAGACACCUUUACAAAACAGAAAGUUGGUGAUUGGAAUAAGAGCUCAAAUGGUAAAGGAAGUGGAAGAAUUGCUAAAGCUGGGAAUGCUUCUGCUGGUUCUGACAUAUACAAGAUUGUCAAGAUGAUUAUGGAACGAAAAUUUCAACCAGUUAUAGUCUUCAGCUUCAGUAGAAGAGAGUGUGAACAACAUGCAAUGUCUAUGUCUAAACUUGAUUUUAAUACCCAAGAGGAAAAGGAUGUUGUGGAACAAGUAUUUAAGAAUGCAAUACUCUGCUUGAAUGAGGAAGACAGAGACCUGCCUGCUAUUGAGUUGAUGCUGCCACUACUUCAGCGAGGCAUUGCUGUCCAUCAUUCUGGCCUUCUUCCUGUCAUCAAGGAACUUGUAGAGCUUCUUUUUCAGGAAGGCCUUGUAAAGGCCCUUUUUGCCACAGAGACAUUUGCCAUGGGUUUAAACAUGCCUGCAAAGACUGUUGUGUUCACAGCUGUUAAGAAGUGGGAUGGUGAUAGCCAUCGCUACAUUGGAUCUGGGGAGUAUAUCCAAAUGAGUGGAAGGGCUGGACGCCGUGGCAAAGAUGAUCGCGGUAUUUGUAUAAUAAUGAUUGAUGAGCGGAUGGAGAUGAAUACCAUUAAGGACAUGAUUUUGGGUAAACCGGCUCCCCUAGUUAGUACAUUCAGACUGAGCUACUAUUCAAUUUUAAAUCUAAUGAGGCGUGCGGAAGGCCAGUUUACUGCUGAACAUGUUAUUAAAAACUCAUUCCACCAAUUUCAGUAUGAGAAGGCUUUACCUGAUAUAGGGAAGAAAGUUUCAAAACUGGAGGAGGAAGCUGCAGUGCUGGAUGCUUCAGGAGAGGCUGAAGUAGCUGAAUAUCACAAUUUGAAGCUUGAGAUGGCCCAACUUGAGAAGAAGAUGAUGGCAGAAAUAACCAGGCCUGAAAGGAUUCUUUAUUAUCUUUGCACUGGACGAUUGAUCAGGGUAAGAGAAGGUGGAACUGAUUGGGGCUGGGGAGUUGUGGUGAAUGUUGUAAAAAAACCUGCUGCUGGGUUAGGCACAUUGCCAUCACGUGGUGGUGGUUAUAUAGUGGAUACUUUACUUCAUUGUUCACCUGCAUCAAGUGAGAGUGGUUCACGACCGAGACCUUGUCCGCCUCGGCCUGGAGAAAAGGGUGAAAUGCAUGUGGUCCCUGUUCAGUUGCCUUUGAUUUCUGCUCUAAGUAAAGUCAGAAUAUCUGUCCCUUCUGACCUCCGACCACUAGAAGCAAGACAGAGUAUACUACUUGCUGUGCAGGAGUUGGGAACUCGGUUUCCUGAUGGUCUUCCAAAAUUGAAUCCUGUAAAGGACAUGAAAAUUGAGGAUCCUGAAAUUGUUGAUUUGGUUAACCAGAUUGAGAAUAUGGAGAAGAAGUUACAUGCUCAUCCACUACACAAGUCUCAAGAUAUGAAUCAGAUUAGAAAUUUCCAAAGGAAGGCAGAGGUGAAUCAUGAAAUUCAACAACUUAAGUCAAAAAUGCGAGAUUCACAGCUCCAAAAAUUUCGUGAUGAACUGAAGAAUCGUUCGCGAGUCUUGAAGAGGCUCGGCCAUAUAGAUGCAGAUGGUGUGGUUCAGCUAAAAGGCAGGGCAGCCUGUUUGAUAGACACAGGAGAUGAACUACUUGUUACUGAAUUGAUGUUCAAUGGUACCUUCAACGAUCUCGAUCAUCACCAAGUUGCUGCUCUUGCAAGUUGCUUCAUUCCUGUAGAUAAAUCUAAUGAGCAAAUACAUUUGAGAUCAGAGCUUGCCAAACCAUUGCAACAACUCCAAGAGAGUGCAAGAAAAGUAGCAGAGAUACAAUAUGAAUGUAAAUUGGACGUAAAUGUGGAUGAGUACGUGGAAUCAACAGUGAGGCCGUUUUUGAUGGAUGUGGUUUAUUGUUGGUCAAAGGGAGCUAGUUUUGCAGAUGUUAUACAAAUGACUGAUAUCUUUGAAGGUAGUAUUAUCAGGAGUGCUAGGAGACUAGACGAGUUUUUGAACCAGUUGCGUGCGGCUGCUCAAGCUGUCGGGGAAGUCAGUCUGGAGAACAAAUUUGCAGCGGCCAGUGAAAGCCUUCGCCGAGGUAUUAUGUUUGCCAAUUCUCUUUAUCUGUGAGUAGUCUUCUUGCAGGCUCUUACGACCUUAGGGAUUCACUCAUCCUGGCCUGUGGGUAGAAAAGUUCAUAUCAUGCAGCAGUUGUCCACUGGUGGCUACUUGAGAUGUGCCCAGAACAUGCAAUUAUUAGGUCCCAACCCUCAUCUCUUCCUGCGUUGAGUUCUAUUCAGUAGCAGAUGUAUGUAUGUUGGUUAUAUCUUGCGAAAUGUACAUUUAUGAAAUGAGUAAUAACAUUGCUUGCUUAAAGGCUCUUAAUGAAUAUGUUUUCACUCUC